GUCGCGCAACUGACCAGCCCUCGUUCUAUGGGUUGAAGGUUAGGUCACUCGCUUCGCGUAAACAAAACGAUAAAUAAUGAGCGACGAAGAGCCUCCGAGUAAAAAAGUCAAGCGAGAUGAAGUCCCCGGCAAAGGGCAAGCCGAAUCCCCGGGCUCUAGAACCAAUACGCGACUCUGCCCGUAUUUGGACACGAUAAACCGUCAAUAUUUGGACUUUGAUUUCGAAAAACUGUGUUCUGUUUCAUUGACGAGGAUCAACGUGUACUGCUGCCUCGUAUGCGGCAAGUACUUUCAGGGUAGGGGCACAAACACCCACGCCUAUACCCAUUCGGUGGCGGAAGGCCAUCACGUGUACCUCAACCUGCACACGCUGAAGUUUUAUUGUUUGCCCGACAAUUACGAAAUCAUUGAUUCUUCGCUGGACGACAUAAAGUACGUCUUAAAUCCGACUUUUACCGAAAACCACAUAAAAAAUCUGGACAAUAACACGAAACUCUCGAGAGCGAUAGACGGGACCCUGUACAUGCCCGGGAUAGUGGGCCUCAACAACAUCAAAGCCAACGACUACUGCAACGUAGUUUUGCAGGCCCUGUCCCACGUGUCGCCGCUACGCAAUUUCUUCCUGAGGGAAGAAAACUACGGUAAGAUAAAAAGGCCUCCUGGCGACUCGGCGUACCUGCUGGUGCAGCGGUACGGCGAGCUCACCCGAAAACUGUGGAACCCGAGGAAUUUCAAGGCGCACGUGUCACCCCACGAGAUGUUGCAGGCCGUCGUCUUGUGGAGCAAAAAGCAGUUUCAGUUCACGCAGCAGGGUGACCCGAUCGAUUUCCUCUCGUGGUUCCUCAACGCCCUCCACAAGGCCCUGAACGGGUCGAAAAAGAAGGACAGCUCCAUAAUAUACAAGUCGUUCCUCGGCAAUAUGAAGAUUUACACUCGAAAAAUACCACCGAUCGAUUUGGACGAGAAGCAAAAACGGUCCCUGAUGUUGACGGAGGAGUAUCAGGAAACGGAAACGGAGAGUCCGUUUUUGUAUCUGACGUGCGACCUGCCGCCUCCGCCCCUGUUUAUCGACGAAUUUAAGGAGAAUAUCAUACCGCAGGUGAACUUGUACCAGCUCCUAACAAAGUUCAACGGCCAAUCGGAGAAGGAAUACAAAACUUACAAGGAGAACUUUUUGAAGCGCUUCGAGAUCACCAAACUGCCGCCCUACUUGAUCUUGUACAUCAAGAGAUUCACGAAGAACACGUUCUUCGUCGAGAAAAACCCCACGAUAGUCAAUUUCCCAGUCAAGAACGUCGAUUUCGGCGAGUUUCUCACGGCCGACGUCAAAUCGAAACACAAAAAUACAAUUUACGACCUCGUCGCAAACAUCGUGCACGACGGCGAGCCCAGCAAAGGCACGUAUCGGGUGCACAUACUGCAGAAAUCCACCGGUCAGUGGUACGAGAUGCAGGACCUCCACGUCACCGAUAUUCUACCGCAAAUGAUCACUUUAACAGAGGCUUAUAUACAGAUUUACGAGCUCAGGUGUUCUUAAUCGGACGCGCGACAUUAAACAUUUUACAUUUA